AUGUCAUUGACCCGAUCAGCAAGCGGCCCUGCUGGUGGUUUAAGCAUCAACACCGGUGCUGCUAACGCCUUUGGCAAUACCGCCUCUAAGCCAUCAGCUGCUGGAAGUCUCUUUGGUUCAUCUACCUCUGCCACUCCUACCACCACUACUACCACAACAGCGCAACCAGCAACAGGUAACAUGUCUCUCUUCGGCGGCGCCGCGCAAAAGACUGGUCUUUUUGGUCAAUCGACAACACAAAGUGCACCUGCGCCUGCGACUGGUGGUCUCUUCGGAAAUGCUGGCGCAACAAACACCCAGCCGACACAGAGUACUGGCACUGGACUCUUUGGCAACACAGCCGCGAAUAACACCCAAGGUCAGCAACCAACCGGCGCGCUGAUACAAGGAGCUCACUGGGGAAUAGGAAACACUCAACCGACGACCGGUACUGGACUCUUUGGUCAAUCAACUCAGCAAAACCAGACUCAGCAGCAACCUCAACAAACAGGCACAGGUCUCUUUGGGCAAUCCGCAGCGACAAACACCCAAACCAACACAGGAACUGGUCUUUUCGGUCAAGCUCAAGCAAAGCCCGCUACCACGGGAACUGGUCUCUUUGGCCAAGCUCAGCCUCAACCACAACAGCAGAACAACACAUUAGGCCAAUCCACGAACCAAGUCUCAGCUGUUCAGAUCAACUACGACAGUAUCCGCCCACGCAGUCGAUUCGAUGAUCUUGCUAAGCCCGUACAAGAUGAAAUUGCGCUUCUAGACAAGGGUAUCCAACGAGUUAUCAAGAUGCGAGACGAGAUUGGUGAAUUCAUGCCUCAGCACGAGAAAGACAUCGAUCAGCUUGGUCUCGACGUUAAGUUUGUCGAGUCCAAGUUCCGUACCGUUCAAGUCGCUCUCAACAACGAUAUCCAGACUGUCAAGGCCCUUCAGGAUCAAACCCGAAAGAACGCCGCCGACGCUCGACUAUGCUUCCGAGGUGCCGAUAACCUCAAGCUCCCUACGCACUACCACCAGACUGGUCUCUUCGCUAGCCAAGCGCCUGCCGCCGAUACUAACGGCUCCGGUGCUGCGUCAACACAUGCCGAUGCCCAGGAUCUGAUCACCUACUUUAACCGCAUCUGCGACGAUAUCGAAAAAUACAAGGCACGUCUUGAUGAGUACCGUGGAGAUAUUGAGAGAGAUAUGCCUGGAGUUGAGAACGGUCUUUACGAACAGAUUCGGGCUCUGCGCGAUCGUAGCGCUGGCAGCGUAGUUGUGCAGGAUCAGCUAAACGAGGUGUUAUUGGCGCUAAGAGACACAGGAAGUGCCAUUGUUGCGCAGGCUGGACAGAUUGCUGAUACCCGAGAACGGUUGUCACGUCUUCAGGCUGGCAUCGUGGAUAGUGGAGUUUAUGCCAUGGGUAUGAAUGCUUAG